UCGUGUCUCAGUUUAUUUAGGAUGGACUUUCAGAGAGUGUGGAAUGUCAUAUCGUUAUGGAAACUCAGUCUCAUUCUCGUCGUUCUAAACUCAUGUCACGUGCUUGGAAAGAAAGGAAAGAAGAAGUCUGCUUGGAAAGCACCCAGACCCCACAUCAUUAUGAUAGUCGCUGACGACCUGGGCUGGGAUGACGUCAGUUUUCAUGGCUCGCCCCAGAUCCCAACUCCACACAUGGACAAGCUGGCAAAGGAUGGCGUGAUUCUUAACAGUUACUACGUGUCACCGCUCUGUACUCCUACCCGGGCCUCUCUUAUGACUGGCAAACACCCGGUCAAUCUAGGUCUUCAACACGACACCAUAUUUGCUAGUCAGCCGUACGGUCUACCCCUGAAUGAAACUACGACACCGCAGUACCUGAAGUCGCUAGGAUACAGAACACACGGUGUGGGAAAGUGGCAUUUGGGAUUUUUUGAAAAGGAAUACACACCAACCUACCGCGGGUUUGAGACUUUCUACGGGUUUUGGAAUGGAAAAGAAGAUUACUGGGACCACUCGUCACUGGAGGAUGUUUGGGGGAGAGAUCUCAGAGAUAACAUGGAGGUAAACACAGCUCAACUCCAUUCCAUUAUCAAUCUAUCUCCUGUCAUGGCGCACAAAAUAUUUAACGUACAGGACCCGCUGCAAGCACCACGAAGACUGCUUGACAAAUUUCCUCACUUUUCAACUGAAGAUAGAAGAAUCUACGCUGCUAUGGUGGCUUCGUUGGAUGAAUCUGUUGGAAACAUUACAAAAGCUCUUAAAAGAAGUGGAUUGUAUGACAACUCUGUCAUCGUUUUCACGACAGAUAACGGAGGUGCUCCCUGGGGAUUUAACUGGAAUCAAGGCUCGAAUUACCCACUCAGAGGAGGAAAAGUGACAUUAUGGGAGGGAGGGGUCCGUGGUGUCGGAUUUGUACACAGCAAUUUGAUAAGAAAAAAAGAGCGCGUCAGUUAUGACUUAAUUGAUGCCACAGAUUGGUUACCAACCUUCUAUCAUCUGGCUGGCGGUAACGUCUCCAUGAUAGAAGAUAAGAUUGAUGGCAUGAAUGUGUGGGACACCUUAGCGCAUGGAAAGAAAUCUCCAAGAACUGAGGUUCUUCACAACAUUGACCCCAUCAGUAGAUUCGCAGCAAUCAGAGUGGAGCGAUACAAGUUAGUUGUGAAUCAGGACGGUUUUUACAAAUCAACUUGGUAUCCACGUUAUGAGGUACCAGGAGAACUGGACACUAUGCCACAGCCCCGCACACUGCCUGGCGCGGUUAUUCAGUGUGGCGAGUGGAACAGUAGCAUAGAAACUGCAUGCAACAGUGAUGUGUUCCCUUGUUUGUUUGACAUUGAAGAAGACCCUUGCGAGUACAAAAACAUUGCUAAAACUCAUAUCGACAUAGUAAGGCGUCUGGUCUUGAGGCUGAUUUAUUACCAGAGAAGGGCCCUUCCUGUGUGGUUUCCAGAGACGGACACGAAAGCUGACCCAGCAAAGCAUUGUGGGUUUUGGAGUCCUUGGAGGUCCUCAAAGAAAAACAAAGCUAUUUUGCAGAAAGUUAUUGAUAACUUACCUUCAGGAGUUGAGAGAAAACAUAAAUGUAAGGGCAAAUGCGCGGCACGUGAGACUAAGAAAACUGAAAAAACAGAAAAGGUCUCUUUUAAUACAUACGAGGCAGAAGAAAAAAAAUUUUAUCAGACUCUGAAGGGAAUUCUCCGAAUGGUUAACGAAGAACGCAAAAAGGGCCACAUUCCCCGGGCAAGCAGUAAAGUAACGAAAGCGUCCAAUGCAAUGCUUUGGUAGAUAAGGACAUCUUUGUAUCAAAGGAUCUCGAGAGUUUUGCAAAACUAUCUUGCUUUAGUUGUUCGCAAAGUAUAAAGUGGUAACUGAGUUUCAAAUGAAAUGGUUCAAUAAUCACGCCCAUUGGCCUUUCACAUACUUGUGUAGCUUCUAUAAAAGUGAGUUCUCCAAUUUUUUUCUUUUUUCUUGGAAAUCGUUAGAUUUUAUCGAUAUCCGAAUGUCAAAAUGUAUGCUUAAUCUGUAACGUAAAUAAAAUUAAAGAAGAGCGA